AUGCAGGGUUGUGCCAUUUUUCAGCCUUUUGCAUUCUCUGAGACUCAAGUCUCUUCUCCAAACCGCAAACCUGGGAGGGAGGGGUUUACUUCUGUCGCGUGCCACAACCACCACCGAACCAAACCAGCUGCCGGAGCCAUCGUCGGCCACGACACCUCCGAUCUGUUCAAAAGGUGGUGCAAGGAACACGCCAAAACCUAUUCUUCCGAGGAAGAGAAACGCUACACGUUCCGCGUCUUCGAGGACAACCAUGCCUUUGUCUCCCAACACAACCAGAACACCAAUGUUAACAAUUCCACCUACACUCUCUCCCUCAACGCUUUCACCGAUCUUACCCACCAUGAAUUCAAAACCUCACGCCUUGGAUUUUCCCCUUCCCUGCUUCGAUUCAAGCGGGUUCAAAAUCAACAACCUCGUCAUCCUCUACACCUUCCUUCUGAGAUCGAUUGGAGACAGAGUGACGCCGUUACACCCGUCAAAGACCAAUCAAGCUGCGAUACUCCCCAUAUCUUCUUUAUACGCCCUUUUUAAAAAUUAUCAGAUAGUUUUACUUCUUAAUCGUCGAACAUUCCUCUUUCGUCAUCCAUAAUACUAUUAAAUAGUACCCAUAACUAGUGGCAGUAGUACCUAAUUCACUCCAUGAGCUCAAUGUAGAAGUUGUAUUAAAGGUGAAGGUUUGAUGUUGAGGAAUGGAGAAGGAGAGUGAGGAAGAAAAAUGGUGGGUUCCAAAGAUGCGUGAAAAUGUUAAAAAAUGAGCAAAGUGAUGGUGUGCUGUAAUGUGCGUGAUUAUAUUUUAAUUUAUUAAUAUAUUUAACAAUUAAAAAUAUUAUAAUUCAUCUCCAGAGUUUCAACUAUGUCCACAUAAUAAAAAAGUUAAGUACAUUUGAGAGAAAAAGGCUGUGAUUGAAU